AAAUGGGCUGAAGCUACAGGAAGCCACUCAAGUCAAACAAAGGCGGGGUUUAGAAAAGUAGGAAUUUCCUGCUGGCUACGACAACAGUGGAAGAUGAAUGUUGGCGUGGCUCACAGCGAGGUGAACCCAAACACUCGGGUGAUGAACAGUCGAGGCAUCUGGCUUACUUAUCUGCUUCUCACUGUGGUGCUUCACAUCGUCCUCCUCAGCAUCCCGUUCUUCACUGUGCCCCUCGUCUGGACUCUCACCAACGUCAUUCAUAACCUGGUGAUGUACCUGUUCCUGCACACGGUGAAGGGCACUCCGUUUGAGACCCCGGACCAGGGCAAAGCUCGGCUGUUGACGCACUGGGAGCAGAUGGACAAUGGCAUUCAGUUCACCGCAUCACGCAAAUUCCUCACCAUUUCCCCCAUCGUGCUGUAUAUACUGGCGAGUUUUUACACAAAAUAUGAUGCAACGCAUUUCUUAAUCAACACUGGCUCUCUCCUGAGCGUCCUUUUACCGAAGCUACCCCAGUUUCAUGGGGUGCGAAUAUUUGGGAUCAACAAGUACUGACCUUCUGACACAGAAGUUAAACCAGCAACAGCAACACUGGAUCAUUUUGGACACUGGAAGUUUGUGGACUGAAGAAUCAUUCCAAGUGAUUGUUACUGAAACACUGUAAAAUACAGUCAAUCCAGUUUUUAAGUAUGUUAAAUUAUGUUUCCUGUUCGCAUUUAUUGUAAAGUUUUUUUACGAAAUGCACUGGCUGCAUGUCUGCAAAUGUUUAGGAUAGAAACUAAAUGACAUUUCUUUUGAUAUAUUAUUACUGAAAUAUUAUGAAGGAUAAUAAAGUGUAUAUUGUUAUGGA